UGUUUGUUUCUUUCCUUAAAUCGAUCUCUUGUGCAUCUUUUACUUGAUGUCAUACAAUACGAACGCUAGUUUCAAUUCCCUACCUUCAUGUCGUCGUGGUCUUCUUCGUCAUCGUCUUCUUCUCGGUAUAAAUACGAUGUUUUCUUGAGCUUCAGAGGUGAAGAUACUCGCAAAAACUUCUCGGAUCAUCUAUACGAAGCUUUAAAAAGGAAUGGAAUCAUCACUUUCAGGGAUGACCCAAAGCUUGAAGCUGGAGAGGAGAUCAGAUCAAAUCUUUUUGAAGCAAUCCAAGGGUCAUGGGGUUCAAUCGUCGUGUUUUCCCAAACAUAUGCUCAUUCAAGUUGGUGCUUGGACGAGCUUGCUGAGAUUGUUAAACAUAAAAGAGAAAAAAGUCAUAAAGUUUUCCCAGUUUUUUAUCAAGUUGAUCCGUCCGAUUUAAGGAAGCAGACUGGCAGAGUUGGAGAAGCCUUUGCCAGACAUGAACACAUACACAAAGACAAGAUCCAAAGUUGGCGUAAUGCUUUAACUGAAGUGGCAAGUAUCAAGGGAUGGCAUUUAAAUGACAGAUUUGAAUCGGAGUUCAUUGGAGACAUUGUCAAAAAGAUAUCUGCAAAAUUAUGUAUAGUAUAUUCGGUUAUUCCAAAUCAUCGUCAUUUGAUUGGAAUUAAUUCACGAUUGGAAGAACUGCAUUCCAAAAUAAACAUCGGGGAAGAUGAUGUUCGCAUUGUAGGAAUUUGGGGUAUGGGUGGCAUAGGUAAAACUACUCUUGCAAGAGCUAUUUAUGCUCAGAUGUCACCUCAUUUUGAAGGUAGAUGCUUUCUUGCUGAUGUUCGAGAAGUUUCAGAGAAAUAUGGACUAGUUUCAGUACAGAAACAGCUUCUUUCUCAGAUCCUUCCGGAUGAAGGUUUCAAUUUGUUUAAUGUUUAUGAUGGGAGUGACAUGAUAAACUAUAGGUUAUCUCGCAAAAAAAUUCUUGUUGUUAUCGAUGAUGCUGAUAACCUACAACAGUUAGAAUACUUGGUUGGAGACCGCGAUUGGUUUGGUUUUAGAAGUCGAAUCAUUGUAACAACUAGAGAUAAACAGUUGUUGGAAGCCUAUCAAGUGGACGAUGUUUAUAAACCAACAAUAUUGGACGCUCGUGAAGGGCUUCGUCUUUUCAGUUCGCAAGCUUUCAAAAGUGACAAAAUACCAUAUGAUUUUGUGGAACUUUCUGAACGAGUUGUGAAAUAUGCAGAUGGCCUUCCCUUAGCUCUUAAAGUUUUGGGUUCUUUCCUUUGCGGUAGAGAUGCAACUAAAUGGAGAAGUGCAAUUGAAAGGCUCGAAAGAGACUCUAACAAAGAGAUUCAUGAUAGACUUCAAAUAAGCUUUGAUGGGUUGGAUGAAACCGAGCAGGAUAUAUUUCUGGAUAUUGCAUGCUUUUUCAAAGGGGAAAAGAUUGAUUUCGUGACAAAAAUAUUGGAUGGUUGUGGAUUUUUCCCAGAAAUUGGUAUCGACGCUCUCAUUAAGAAAUCUCUAAUAACAAUUACAGGUGAAAACAAAUUGUGGAUGCAUGAUUUGCUCCAAGAGAUGGGAAGACAAAUUGUUAGGCAAAAAUCUAUUGACAACCUUGGAAAGCGUUGUAGAUUGUGGAAGGAAGACGAUAUCUAUCAUGUGCUAACACAAAACCUUGGUACUGAAGCGGUUCAAGGCAUGUUCGUCGAAAGAUUAUGGGAGCAAAGUAAGACGUUCAGUUUGAGUGCUGAUGUGUUCUUGAAGAUGACAAAACUAAGAUUGCUCAAACUCUUCUAUGUGGAAGCAAAAUCUGGAGAUCUCGUGUAUCUUUCUAGUGAGUUACGGCUUAUCAGUUGGCCAGGAUAUCCUUUUAAAUCCUUGUCAUCAAGCUUCCAUCCGGAAAACCUUGUGGCACUUAUUAUUCCUUGUAGCAGGAUUGAAGAACUAUGGGAGGGAAAGAAGCCUCUGAAUAAGUUGAAAUUGGUCGACCUGAAGAACUCUGAGAGCUUAAUCAGGGUACCAGACUUGAGCACGGCUACAGAUCUCGAAAGUUUGGAUUUCGAAGGUUGUACCAGCCUAGUAGAUGUUCAUCCUUCCAUAGGAGGGCUAAGCAGGAUUAAAACUCUAAAUUUAAGGGGCUGCAAAAGUCUUAGGAGUAUUCCAGCUAUAAAUGGAAUGAAGUCUCUUGAAACAUUGAUUCUUUCGAGCUGCUCAAAUGUUCAAAGUUUUCCUGAAAUCAUGGGGGAAAUGCGGUGUUUGUCGAAGCUUUAUUUAGAUAGGUCAGGCAUGAAAGAACUUCCCUCGUCAAUUGAACAUCUCACGGGGCUUAAAUUUCUGGAUUUAACAGACUGCAAAAGCCUAAGGAGUCUGCCAACCAUUAGAGGAAUGGAAUCUCUUGAAAAGUUAAUUCUUUCAGGUUGCUCAAAUCUCCAAAUGUUUCCGGAGAUUGAGGGGAAAAUGGAAUGUUUGAUGGAACUUAAUUUAGAGGGGACAGCAAUCAAACAACUUCCAUCUUCAAUUGGAAAUCUCAACAAGCUUAAUCUUCUGAAUCUAAGAGGCUGUAAAAAUCUUUGGAGUCUCUCAACCGAUGGAUGCGAGGGGCAACUACGACCUUCCAUGACGUUGACAUUAGCUCCAUUGUCGGGUUUGAUUUCUUUAAGAGAACUGAUCCUAAGUGACUGCAACCUUGGUGAAGGGGCUAUUCCUAGUAGUAUUGGCUGUUUAUCCUCUUUGGUAAAUCUAUUCCUUAAUGGCAACAAUUUCAUCACCCUCCCUACAACUCUAAGCCGACUUUCCAAGCUCAGUUAUCUCAAAUUGUCGAAUUGCAAGAGACUCCAAUCGGUGCCUGCACUUCCAGCACCCACAAGUGCAGCAGUAGACGGUUGUGAUUCAUUGGAAGAAGUUGCAGAUCCAGUAAUCGUAUGUGAUUCGAUGGAUGAGACAUCCAUUUAUGCUCUUAACUGCUUCAAGUUGGCUGAGAACAACUAUGCAUUAACAAUGCUGAAAAGACAUCUCAAGGUAGUUGCAAAUGCAAGACCAAAAUUUGACAUUGUUAUGCCAGGAAAUGAAAUCCCGGAAUGGUUCAGCCAUCAGAGGGAUGGAUCUUCAAUAACAAUAACUCUGCCAACCGACUUUAAUCAGUUGAUUGGAGUUGCUUUGUGCUGUGUUUUUGCUUCUGUUCCAUUCGAUGACGAUCCUCAGACUUCAUGGAUUACUUCAUUCCCUAUUCAGUGUUGCAUCUCUGUAGGUGGUAUAAAGUCUGGGAUAAGCAGUGGCUUUUGUUUCCCAGAAUCCGACCAGAUCACCGCUGAUCACCUUUGGAUACGAUAUAUAUCUUGUGAAAGGCUUGUUUCGAUGUUGAAGGAAUUUCGUGGUGUCUCAUUACAGACCAAGAUUAAGCCUGGUACUGAAAGUGAGUUCUUUUACAAAACGCAAUUCAGCUUUAAAGUAAAGAUGUGCGGUGUUCGAAUGGUGUACUUGGAAGAUGUGGAUGAUCAGGCAAAUGACAGCCCGACAGAUUUUGAUGAAAUGAUAAAGAAAUUGAUGGCUCUGAUGGACCAGUAGGGAACUUCUACCCUUGUGAAGCAAAACACGUAAUGUAUAUCCUCAUCACCGUGCCUUCGCGAUCCCGUGGAAGAUGCCCUUUAGUUAUAGGAGUCGAUGUGCUUGUAUCCUAGAGAU